UGAGAUGUUAUGUUUUAGUUGAGUUUUGUUUAGCGUGCCAUUUGUGUGUUAUACUGGUGUUGUUGUAUACAGUUAGAUAGUUAUUCAGUUUGUCCGAGGUGGGAUAUUAUUAACCGUUAACAUCAGUCCGGUUUAUAUCAUGCAGUUAAAGUGACCGGCACAUGCCCAAGAUGAUAAAGAAUCAUUCUACGACGGCUUUACGACAGACGGCGAUCAUGCAACGACAGGAACAGUCGGCACCAUCUGUGACGCCACAACCACCAGCAGAGAAUGCAAAACUCAAGAAGACUAAAAGUUUGAGUCGCGCUCAGAGUAUUAAAGAUUUGCGAGGAACGUUGCCGGCGUCCUGUGAGUUGUCUAUUGAUGACAGGGCCCCCGGAGUGAUUAAAAUCUUCGGCGAUUCCGUGGUUCAUGGUACGCAGUAUAAAAGUGUUCUAGCGUCAACUCGAUCCACGGCGAUUGAGUUAAUCAAACAAGCCCUGGAAAGAUAUGGAUUACCAACUUUCAAUUACCAUGAAUAUGUUCUUUGUGAAACUGUGGGAAAACUGGAACCGGUGCCAAGCGAUCCUGAUAGACCUGCCUGGGUUGUUGUUUGUCAAAGAGCGUUAAAAGACAACGAUAAACCGCUAGAAUUACAGGAAUUCUGGAAACCGACUGACGGAUUCUAUCGUCGAUAUGAACUUCAUAAUAAAUCAGAUAUCAAUACAGAUGUUAAUACAGACGAUACUUCCGGUAUAAAUGAUAACGCGCGAAAAAUUAUGAUGUCUAAAGUGCACGUGGGGGCCAUUCCCAUGUCGUCAUCAUGGAGCGGAAGCAAUAGUAGUCACGAGGCACGACAGGACCCAGAAGGCAAAUCUCUACAGGCCCCGAUGUUUGAUACGAGCAGUUAUAAAGAAAAAAUGUUAACUUUACAAUCAUUAGCUAUGUAUCCAUAUUUAUUAACAAUUCGUGGUUUUCACGUGCAUCAUGAUCUGGUUUUGUAUCCGUUACGCGCCAAAUCUUUAUCUGUCGGUCGAGACAAUUCCAACUCUCCUACGGCAGACAUUGUGUGCUUUGCUCCGGAUAUUUUGGGCAUCCACUGUCGUUUAAAUCCGCGGAGUUACAUCGAUAAAGGAAUCAAUCAUCAGUUGAAAUAUAUGUUUUAUAUCGAACUCGAAGUCAGUCCCGGUGCGCAUGUCGCUAUAAAUGGCCGCCGUGUAGUGGGUAAAACAGAACUACAUUCAGGGGAUUUAGUGGCUCUAGGAAAACAUUAUUUAUUUUUAUAUAAAGACCCCACUAAUGGUUAUGACAUACCGACUAAAUUAUCAUGGUUGUCAUCGCGACCUGAAACCACGGGUAAACGUUCGUCGUUACCUCCAGCACACCGAUCAGCACGUGGUGUCAAGUUCGCGACCUCUGAAGAACUAAAUACGUCAUCAGACAAUCAAACAUCAUUCGAUGUGUCUGAUGAAGCUGUGACAUGGAACGGACCUCCAAAAGACCGACCUUUGACCCUGACAUAUGCUAAAGAUCGUGAGGAAGAAAUAUUGACCGCCAUUGCUGGUUUAAAAUGCCUAAGCAGACGUGACAAUCCUUUGACAGUGGCCAUGUUGUUUAUUUUAUGUCAUGAGUGUGCCGUGAGGAAAUUUACCCGCCAUCAUACGAGAAACAUGUACAGACGACUGUUGGCAUGCAUACAAAACAGCGUUUCAUCGGUGGCUAGAAAUUUAUCGCAACAGAAAUUUGAUUGCAUAAAAUUUAGCAUCAAUACAACACUACAAAAUAGUGACUCUGACCAUCUACGUCAUUUGAUGUACUGGAUGUCCAAUUCUAUUAGUCUCUAUUGUCACAUGGUGAGUUUAGACAAUGAUACUGGAGGAAGUAGUCCCGAACCAGAAGACGAGUCUAGCAGUGGAUUAAAGACCUUUCUCGUGGGACUGGAAGAAAUUGUCAGUUUUUGUUUCCAACAAACAGUGUACUGUAUUACCAAGGUUCUUUAUCCGUUGACUGGUAAAUUUCUGGAUGCCAAUCCAUUUUCUGAGCAUACACCCCAGAAUGCCGAUGGUGUGGGGAAAAUGAUAUUCACUCUGCACGUGGCCUAUGACUUGGCGAAAAGUGUCCAUCUACACGAUGACGUCAGAAGUCAGAUGAUGACGUAUCUCCUGUUUUUCAUAGGCACGUCCUUAUUUAACCGUAUGAUGAAGAAAGAUAGUGGACCAGAAUUCUACAACUGGAAUUUCGGAGUUCGUCUGCAGGCCAACUUGAGUCGUUUGGAGGAUUGGAUUGGAGGGAAGCAUCUUGAAGCCGAUUUUCAUCAAGUUUGUGAAAAACUUUUAAGUUUGUCAAAUCUGCUGGCGACAUCGAGACAGGCAUUGAUUAAGAUGAAUUGGCAGACAAUCCGUGAAGAGUUCAGUCCCCUGAACGAAGUACAAUUAUUGAAGGUUUUACAGGGAUAUCAAAUAGGACAGGGGAGACAAUCCCCAGAUCACUGGUUUCCACAAACAGAAAUCGACCAAACCAAAGAGUUGAAUAUAAGUCUGGCAUCGUAUCCUGUUUUUCUGUUGCCGACCACCGGGCCGGAUGUGACGUCUAUGAAUUUCCCUGAUGAUUUUUACGAGACCAUGGAUCGUCUACAGGCAGCCUUUGGUCUAGAAGAAGAUGAUAGUGAUAGUGGUUUCAGUGUGAGUAACACACCCAGAAUAUGUGAACAAAUAAACAAUAACAACAACAACACGAGUAAUAAAAUAUUCUACAAUAAAGACUCACCACGUGUUCUAGACAAACAUUCUUCUCGUUUUCUAUUGGAUAACGAUCAGUGCUCGAGCAGUCCGAGUUCACCACGUGUUGGACACGUGUUCUCGCCAUCACGUGAUGAAUUAUCGUCUGCUUCGGAUUAUUUUGAAUGUGAUACAGACACCGCAGAUGACAACACAGUUCAAUGGCGGGAAAAUUUAGACGAACAUUUGGAAAUGGAAAAUGAUUUAUCUUUUCGAAAUAAUGAUGCGGUUAUUCCCGAAGAAGACGACAGUAUUACGUAUGCAGAGUUAGACUCUCCUAGCAACGAAACACUGACCAAUAAUGCUCUGGAAAGCACCGAUGGUCUGUAUGUUGAUGUGGCAUCAAAUGGCGGGAAAACGGAACCAGGAAAAAGUCUUCGUGUUCUAUCGCUAGAGGAUUACAGCGGAGGCUCACGUGAUCUAGAACCGACCAAUGGUUUUACGAUGGCAUCACAUGACCAACAGAUACAGAUGACGCCAGGAGAGUUGGGGGAUAUAUUUUCGGUUACCAUGGAGAAAGGGAAUGGCUGCUUAGGUCUCGGUCUAAUAGACGGCUUGUAUACACCUCUACAGUCACGUGGUAUCUAUAUACGGAAUAUAUUAUGUAAUAGUCAAGCCGAGAAAUGUGGUUUGUUGAGAGUAGGUGAUCGUAUAAUGGCCGUCAAUGGUACCAGUGUUGUUGAUGCGAGCUAUCAGAUUGCCAUGGACUACAUCCGGUCAACGGGGCAGGAAAUCAAUCUGGUUGUUGCUAGGUCAGAACGCGACGUCGUUACUAAGAUCCUGGCAUCCAUUUGCUGAAAGAUAUUCUUUUACAUUAGCAGCAGCUGCUUUCUUCUUGGUUAUCAAGACGUCUGAUCACGGAAACUACAGAAAUAUUAUUCGAUCCGAGCAUGAAAAUAUUUUUCGGAAUAUGCCUAAAAAAAAUGACGACUGCGUUUUAACUACAUCGGUGAAUCUUCGGCGACUUCUUUAAACGGGGGGACUUGUUCAUGAUUUAACAGUUGUCAAUGCAAGAUGAGUUCAGAAAAUAACUCACCCAGGUGUAUUUGACUAUCAGAAUGACAAAAACUAUGUAAAGACCUAACAAUUGGAUUGCUUGUGCUAUUCGGUGACUUUGUUGAUCAGUGUUGCACUGUCUGAUGGUUCUAUAGUGUUCACAAAACAGGUGGCUUUGCUGCAAUGGAAGGCUCUAGGCUCAAGAUGGUGUACUCGAUUAAAGAAUGUGCUGAAUGUGGUCGAUGACUAUAUGUAUUAAAUAUCGACCGUAAGGUAAAAUUACUGCAAUACACACAUCUUGUCAAAACUACAAACAGUGAUAUCUUGACUUAGAAUAAAGUAAUUUGAAUGAUAUUUUCAAAUUUUCAUUUUUGAGCUGUUAUAGCAAGAAUGGUCAGCUCUUUAACUAAAUCUUACAUAAUGUAUCUUUAAGAUAAUAUCAUUAUUUAUUGUCAUAUUCACUCCCUAUUUAUCACAUUGUUUUAUUUAUUU